UAUAGCAUUUUUAUGUUUAAAAAAAUCUUACAUUAUUUUGAUUCCAUAUCUGAAUAGAUAUAUUGCCAGUCAAUAUAUCUUUAUUAUGCGUGUUUACCAGGUACUCAACUAUUUGUGAAUUCCUAUGGGCAGCUCACGUGUUACAAAUGGGCGGAUUCGAUACAAACGACUGCAACAUUUGUUAGAAAUGUUCAAUUUAGCGUUUGGAUAGAAACUUCACAGGAAGAGGUCUUGAAGACGGAUGUAACCCAAUGACCAAUGUCGCGAGCGGUAACGAAUGGUUUGCCCAGUCAUUUGUGAUUUGACAAAUGUUUCUCCCAACAUUGUGACAGGCUAGUUGUACUUUCUUUCCUUAAGACGUGCUUUGGAUUUCUCUUCUACAUCCAACGAUUUGGACCAGUAGCCUAAUUACCGGGCAGAAACCAAGACAUGGGGACUCAGGGCACGGGACGUAAAAGAAAUCCCAAUAAGGACAGGUCGACGGCUGAGGAUGAUACCCUUAAUCUCAUUGCAAGAGAGGCAGAGGGCAGGCUUGCUCUGAAGAAGGCGGCCAGGGCAGAGGCCAGAGAAAUCCGUAUGAAGGAGCUGGAGAGACAACAGGAGGAGGUGGAGGACAGAGAUUUCCUGGAAAAGGGAUCUCAAUCCGCUUCCACCCUCGCUUCACUCAGCGGGUCUUCCUCCAGGAGAGGAAGUGGCGAAUCGUCGAUCACUGGCGACACAGACACCUCCAUACUAGAGAUCAAGGAUUCCCUUGUGGAGUUGGAGGAGAAGUACCGCAAGGCCAUGGUGUCCAACGCCCAGCUGGACAAUGAGAAGAACAACCUGAUGUACCAGGUAGACAGGCUGAAGGACUCGCUCAUGGAGCUGGAAGAGCUGCUGUCCGAGUCACGCCGCGAGUACGAUGGAAAGACCAAGGACAUUGAGCGUGAGCAACAUGCCUACGGCGUGCUCCAGUGCCAGUUCAACGUGAUGAAAGAAACGCUAAAACAGAGCGAGGAGUUACUAACGAAACAUGGAAUUGUCCUCGGACCUGACCUGACCACCAAUGGGGAAAAGGUGGAGGUGGUAACUGAAAGGUCAGCUAGUAGAGAUCCAGCUUCUCAAUUGGCUCAGGACUCCCAGACAUCACCCACGGAAGGGGGGAACAUCAUGCUCGAGAUCCGCCUGAGGAAGCUGGUUGACGAGCGGGAGAACUUGAUAGGACAGGUGAAGAAACUGAAGGCCCAAGUAGAGCAGAAGAAAUUGAGGAACGGGACUGAGGGCUGCAGCCCAGAGGGUGAGGUUCUGGAGAACAGCACAGACCCCCACAUACAAGACCUGCAGAGAGAUGCCAGCAGGCAACUUAGUGACCUGAAGUUCAAACUUGUCAAAUCAGAGCAGGAGGUGACCGCUUUGGAACAGUAUGUUACCAGGCUCGAGGGUCAGGUGACCCGCUACAAGGGCGCGUCAGAGAAUGCAGAAGACGAGUUGAAGGCUGAGAAACGCAAGCUGCAGAGAGAGUUGCAGUCAACGCUGGAUAAGAUAGACGAACUUGAGUCGAACAACAGCCACCUCUCCAAGCGGCUGGACAAGAUGAAGGCCAAUCGCACCAUGGCACCGACUCCCUAACGAUGACCUGCCAGCAUAAUUCCGACCCUAUCCUGUCUAUCCACCAAUGGCUGCCCACGUAGGACGGAGUGUCCGACCUUGCAUUGGGCUCUCCUCUCCAUCUGCCUUGGAACCUUAUGAAAAGAACCUUGAGAAAUUUGAGAUAUCCUAAUCGCUGAAGCGCACAACACACAAAAAUGCGCAAUGUGCCAUUUUCUUCAUGUCUUUCUUUUUCCAAUGAUGAGAAUUCUUCAUAGGUAUAUAUGACACAGUAAAUUACACCCAGAAUGCCCCUUCCAAGCACUACUUGGCUGGGAAAGAGGAAGUCUGUGUGCCUCACUUCCUCUACCAGGGGGUGGCGCUGCUCUGCACCAGAGAAUUGUAGGAAAUGUGGCGCUUCAGGGGAGCGACUUGGGACUGGAGGGGGUUCUUUGGACCGCAACUGGCUGCUUGGGCUACAUGGCGGUCCUAUCCACCCCACAUCACCAAUGUACAGACUAAUACUGAAUGUCCCUCUGUCCGGAACCACCCACCUCCUCACUCAACCCCCUAUGUCCACAUUUACUAAACCGAGAGGACAUGUCCUGAAGUCUCAAUGGACUGAACUGGGUUAACAUGGUGUGCUGUGUAUAUGAGAGCAUUUAUUUUGUGUGCACGUGUAUAAUUUUAUUUUUUUAUCCUGCUCUAAUACCCUGCAUUUCUCUCAUCUGUGUCCUAAAGCCAAAGUAUGAGCACAUUUUACCGUGGUUGGGUGUGUAUGUUUGUUACCUGUUGUAAGUCCAAGGGCUUGUGUAGUCUAAAGGCCAUGGAAGGUUGUCUGUGCAUCCCAGCUUCCCAGGCUACACCGUCUCUAUUACCACAAUCAAUAUAAUCAUUGUCACACAGAAUGUUUUUACAUGCCGACGUGAUUUCAACCAUUUUUCUAACUCGGAUUCAUAUAUAUAUAUAUAUAUAUUUCUUUUUACAGAUUUGUCUUUGAAUGUACCCUGGUCAUGUUCAUUAGGCACCAAACAAGAAAUUGUAAAACAGGGAGGGACUACCUGAAAUUGUCCAAUAAAAUACGCUAAUUUUCA